AGGGACUUGUAUCCGGACUGGAGACAAGAUGCUGCAAUAUUCAGCUAAACACAAAGUGCUGAAGCGGGCCAAGCAGCAUCUGUGGAGGACGUGAGUGUGUGAUGUUCGGGGCGGGACCCUUCUUCGCUCCUGUGAGACUGGAGCCUCUCUCGUGAAAAUCCGUCGACCGGUCGGUCUCUCGCUGAUAUUUCCUGCACGUUUGAUCUCAGAAAAAUUGAGGGGUCGCGGUGGGGAUGCAGUGAUCCCGAUUCCAAGACAAUCGAUUUGCAACAUCUGCGGGAUCGUGCCUGAGGGAUCUGAACCACCAGGGAAGGAGAAAUAAUCUUACCUAUGCUAAAGAGUGGAGCCACGCUUAGCCUCCAUAUACCUCCUGGUUCAUUGUAUAUCAGGGUGUGCAUUGUGAGGAGCAGGCAGGAGUUGUAGUCGGGGCAGAAUGCCAGGAGAGCCUCGAAUCGCCCGCAACAAUGACAUGGACUUUCGGGCGAAUAUAAGAGAAUCUAAGAAGCUGCCUAAACAAGCCCGCGGCAAUGUGCUAACCACAGACAGGCCGAGGUUGCUCAAUGAGCCAAAGAAACGCAAACAAAGGUACGUGAACAAGGAUGGGAAAUGCAACGUCCACCAUGGGAAUGUGCAGGAGACUUACCGCUAUUUCAGUGACCUCUUCACCACCCUGGUGGACCUCAAGUGGCGCUUUAACCUUUUAAUCUUCACAUUGGUCUUCACCAUUACCUGGCUGUUCUUUGGCUUCAUCUGGUGGCUGAUAGCGUACAUCCGCGGAGAUCUGGAGCAUUUGGGAGACUCCACCUGGACGCCGUGCGUGGACAAUUUGAACGGGUUUGUGUCGGCAUUUCUAUUUUCUAUCGAGACUGAAACGACAAUUGGCUACGGGCACAGAGUUAUCACGGAGAAGUGUCCUGAGGGCAUCAUCUUGCUGCUGGUCCAGGCCAUCCUGGGAUCCAUCGUCAACGCCCUGAUGGUCGGAUGCAUGUUCGUGAAGAUUUCUCAGCCCAAGAACCGUGCGGAGACGCUGAUGUUCUCGCACCGUGCCGUCAUCUCUCUCCGAGAUGAGAAGCUCUGCCUGAUGUUCCGCGUGGGGGAUCUCCGCAACUCCCACAUUGUGGAGGCUUCCAUCCGGGCCAAGCUCAUCAAGUCCCGGCAGACCAAGGAAGGCGAGUUUAUCCCCCUCAACCAGACGGACAUCAACGUGGGCUUUGACACCGGCGAUGACCGGCUCUUCCUCGUAUCGCCGCUCAUCAUCUCCCACGAGAUCAACGAGAAGAGCCCCUUCUGGGAGAUGAGCCGAAGUCAGCUGGAGCAGGAGGACUUUGAGAUUGUGGUGAUCCUUGAAGGCAUGGUAGAGGCAACAGGAAUGACCUGCCAGGCCCGCAGCUCCUACUCUGACUCCGAGGUCCUCUGGGGCCAUCGCUUCACCCCCGUGCUAACCCUCGAGAAGGACUUCUACGAAGUGGAUUACAACAGUUUCCACGAGACGUACGAGACUAACUCCCCGACCUGCAGCGCGAAAGAAGUGUAUGGCAUGCUGAGGGCAGGACGCGCUCUGUCCGAGAUCUCCUUGCCAAACCUGCCCGAUGAGGUGGCUGCCAAAGAUACUGGUGAAGAAAACUGCAACACAAACUGCCCCACAGCUCAGCCAGUGGAGUCCAAACCAUUCCCCCUCACUGAAGAGUACUGCACAGGGUUCUCGGCACGAUUCGUACAAGGCCUUGAGGAGGCUCAGAAACUCUAGGGGAGCCUGGCUCCAGCGAGCCUGGUGAUUCAACCAGUUGUCACCGUUCAGCCACUGACAUCCCAAACCAGUGAUCUACCAUGUGAGCCGGACUGAGAUGUACAUUCGAGGUCCUCACCAUUAUCCCCAUGUAGAUUUAAGUUAGCGAGCGGGCUGUGUCAUUUGUACAUAAUGAAUAAACAUUACCAUCCAUUAUCUGGCAGUCUGCUUAUUGUUGUAACUGCUGCUAUAUAUGUUUGAAAUUUGCUUUUGGGAACUUUUUGGGCUAGGGAGACACGGUGGUGUAGCAGUAGAGUUGCUGCCUUGCAUCGCUUACAGCGCCAAAGACCCAGGUUCAAUCCUGACUAUGGGUGCUGUCUGUGCGGAGUUUGUACGUUCGCCCCAUGACCGCGUGGAUUUUCUCUGAGAUCUUUCCAUACUCCAAAGACGUACAGAUUUGUAGGUUAAUUGGCUUGGUAUAAAUGUAAAAUUGGCAAUUGAAAAGGUUAAUGAGGGCAAAGACAUAGACAUUAUUUUCUUAAAUGUGCAUAUUUUAAUGCUAGGAGCAUUGUAAGAAAGGUGGAUGAGCUUAGAGUCUGGAUAGACACCUGCAAGUAUGAUGUUGUGGCGAUCAGUGAAACGUGGUUGCAGGAGGGCUGUGAUUGGAAACUAAAUAUUCCAGGAUUUCGUUGCUUCAGGCGUGAUAGAAUUGGAGGGGCAAGAGGUGGAGGUGUUGCAUUGCUAGUCAGGGAAGCUAUUACAGCAGUGCUUUGGCAGGAUAGAUUGGAGGGCUCAUCUAGGGAGGCUAUUUGGGUGGAAUUGAGAAGUGGGAAAGGUGUAGCAACACUUAUAGGGGUGUAUUAUAGACCGCCAAACGGGGAACGAGAAUUGGAAGAGCAAAUAUGUAAGGAGAUAGCAGAGAUUAGUAGUAAGCACAAGGUAGUGAUUGUGGGAGAUUUCAACUUUCCACACAUAGACUGGGAAACACAUUCUGUAAAUGGGCUGGAUGGGUUGGAGUUUGUAAAAUGUGUGCAGGAUAGUUUUUUGCAGCAAUACAUAGAGGUACCUACUAGAGGAGGGGCAGUGCUGGACCUCCUGUUAGGAAAUGAGACUGGACAGGUGGCGGAGGUAUACGUUGGGGAGCACUUCGGGUCCAGUGAUCACAAUACCAUUAGUUUCAAUAUAACUAUGGAGAGGGUCAGAACUGGACCUAGGGUUGAGAUUUUUGAUUGGAGAAAGGCUAACUUUGAUGCGAUGCAAGAUGAUUUAAAAGAAGUGAACUGGGACAUUUUGUUUUAUGGGAAAGAUGUAGAAGAGAAAUGGAGGACAUUUAAAGGGGAAAUUUUAAGAGUACAGAAUCUUUAUGUUCCUGUUCGGUUGAAAGGAAACAGUAAAAAUUGGAAAGAGCCCUGGUUUUCAAGGGAAAUUGGACAUCUUGUUCGGAAAAAGAGGGAGAUCUACAAUAAUUAUAGGCAGCAUGAAGUAAAUGAGGUGCUUGAGGAGUAUAAGGAAUGUAAAAAGAAUCUUAAGAAAGAAAUUAGAAAAGCUAAAAGAAGAUAUGAGGUUGCUUUGGCAAGUAAGGUGAAAGUCAAUCCAAAGGGUUUCUACAGCUAUAUUAAUAGCAAAAGGAUAAGGAGGGAUAAAAUUGGUCCAUUGGAGAGACAGAGUGGACAGCUAUCUGCAGAGCCAAAAGAGAUGGGGGAGAUAUUGAACAAUGUUUUUUCUUCGGUAUUCACCAAGGAGAAGGAUAUGGAAUUAUGUGAGGUAAGGGAAACUAGUAGAAUAGCUAUGGAUACUAUGAGGUUCAAAGUAAAAGAAGUACUGACACUUUUGAAAAAUAUAAAAGUGGAUAAGUCUCCAGGUCCUGACAGGAUAUUCCCUAGGACAUUGAGGGAAGUUAGUGUAGAAAUAGCCAGGGCUAUGACAGAAAUAUUUCAAAUGUCAUUAGAAACGGGAAUACUCCCCGAGGAUUGGCGUACUGCGCAUGUUGUA